AUGGCUGCGUUUUUUAUGAAAACUAAUGAUGAUCGACAACAAUGGACGCAUGAGGCUAUCAAAUGCAUGUUAGAAACAUGUCUUGAAGAAAUAGGGAGAGUAGGUAGAAAUGGACAAAGCUUGCGUAGAGAGUCUUGGGGUAGGGUAGGAGCGAAACUUAUGGAAGAGUUCAGAUUUGAUUUGAAUCAAAAGCAAAUUAGAAAUGCUUUUGAUACCAUGAAAUCAAAAUAUGUAGGAUGGUGCUAUUUGAGAAACAAGACUAGAAAUCUCUACAACCCACAAACAAAUAUGUUCACUUUAACACCUCAAGAAUGGGAUGACUUUAAGAAGGGUCACCCAAGGGUAAUGUCAUUGAUAACACAACCAUUGCCUCAUCUUAACCUUUUCAUAGAUGUGUUUGAAGGCCUUAGUGCAACUGGUGGUAAUCAAUGGACAUCCACCCAAACAUCUAGGGUUUCAUCAUCCCCACAAGUCCAAACACUUCAGAUAGAAGGUGCUAGUGUUCAUUUAGAAGAUGAUGGAGACUCUCAUGAACAAAGUUUUCGAUUGGGUGAUGGAGAUCCUAUAAGUAACGACGGACCUAGUGUUCGACCCAAUGAUGAUUCGAAGUUAGGCCCAAGAAAAAGGCUAAAACAUCUAAAAACUCCAUUACCCUAG